CCAAGCUUUUAUUUUUUUAGGUAACUACAUCCGGUGUUGUACACCAACGUUGGACGCAGCGUUUUCUGUCUAAUUUCCACCGCUUGGAGUGCUGUUGGGUAUGAUAACCUUGAGUCGCUGUAGUUUUGUUGUGUAGAGCCAAUGUCAGAAGCAUGCUUGGAGUCUCGGGCCUCCCUCAUGUGCCUUACCAGCGGGUAGUUAACUCCUUUAGUGGCUAAUGAGAGUAGGCGGCCGCUUUACGGUAUGCCUCGGAGAAAGAAAAACGGCCAGAGCCCGGCCAGGCAGCCCGGGGGACCGCCGGAGGGAGGAAGCCUGGGCCCCUACACGGGAUACCCACUACGUCCGGGACAUGACCAAGCUAUGGCGAGCAACAACUUCCCACUUAGCACCCUGGCGCCCAGCUCCGCUGACAAGGAGAAAAUCGUGAAGAGCAUGCGGGAGAUGUUCUCCCACCUGGACCCGGAUGUCAUACACAUCGUGUUGUCCGAGUGCGACUUUAAAGUUGAAAACGCCAUGGACUCCCUCCUGGAGCUGUCUGUGGCGGCUGAGGGCGCGGCUCCAAUCCCGGCUCCGGCCUCAGGCUUUGAGCACACCGCUGCAGCUUUGAUCAGCUCCCAAGACUUUUCUGACCCAGGCCGAGGCUUGGGGUCUUCAUCGCAUCAGCCCCCCUCACCUCUACCCACUGACCUGCUGACAGAGGAGCUGGACUUGCUUAUUGACCAAGAGUUGGAUACACUGACCAUGCAGCAAGACAUUAGGGGGGAGCAGCACAGCAGCUUUUCUUCUAAAUCUUUCCCUCCACCUCCAGAGCAUCUUCAGUGGGGUCCCGAUGCUGCACCCAGAGGCUUGGUUGAGCCUUCAUCUGGAGCUCUGUUGCCCCCCAAUCAGGUCAGUGCAUGGGAGGACAACACCGCUGAGCCACAGGGAGGUGUGCUGGAUUUUAAACACCUGAUGACAGAAAUGCCUUCAGACAAGCCCAAACCUCCUUGGAAUCUGUCAGCGUUUGGUCGCCCCUCAGCUUUUCAGGUGUAUAAAAAGCAGGACCCGCCUCCCUCUCUGUCAGAGAAGACUGCACCUGCAGGACCUGAGGCUGCAGGCCGCGGAACCAGUUCUGUAGCCAGCUCGCUAAACAACAAUCCACCUAGUCUCUUGGGACCAUGUUGGAACCUGGAGGCACCCGUGUUUUCUCCCCGUUUGCCCGGAAAGGAGGGACCCGCCUUCAUAACCCCUGUGGCUCAAACCCCCCCCUGCUGGCUCAGCCUGAACAGGAACGCCUCCCCCUGGCUCACCCAGGGCGCUGUCAGCAAGGCCCCUCUCAAACCUACUGCUACUAUCCCAAAGGCCUGGAACCGGCCCUCUUCUCCUCAGGCCCCUGUCAAGCUCAACAAGCUCCGUUUGCAGGGGAAAGUGCUCGUGCUCCUCCGUGGUGCUCCAGGAUCUGGCAAAACCACCCUGGCAAGAGCCUUGCUGCACAAUAACCCCGGUGGAGUAAUACUAAGCACUGACGACUAUUUCACCCACAAUGGAGGGUACCGGUUUGACCCCACGAUGCUGGGGGAGGCCCACGAGUGGAACCAUAAGCGAGCCAGAGAGGCUUUCAAGAAGGGCACCCACCCCAUCAUCAUCGAUAACACCAACAUGCAGGGCUGGGAGAUGAAGCCCUAUGUGGCUCAGGCGCUGAGACAUGGCUAUAAAGUGCUGUUCAGAGAGCCGGACAGCUGGUGGAGGCACAAGCCUAGAGAGCUGGAGAGACGCACCGCACACAAGGUCCCCGUGGAAACCAUCCGCCGCAUGCUGAAUGGAUUCGAGCGCUGCGUCACCGUCCAGUCCAUCUUGGGCUCGCACGCGCCUGAGAUCAAACAGCGUCCGCCUCCAGAGAACAAAAGCUCACAACCCGCCUCCUCUGAAACGACAUGUCCUGACCUCGUAUGUCAGCCGAAGUCAACUGAGAGCUGUAAAAAAUCCCACCCUGCCCCUCUUUUGUCCUCCCUUCCCGAUGUGUCGUCAGUCGGCGGCUCCGGAGAGGUUUCGGCGCAAAAGGAUGAUAUCUGCCAAUCUUCCGAGUCGCUCCAUCUCCAACUCUCUGGAACACAAAACAACGUUCCUGGUGCCUCUGAGGAGGACGAUGAGAUGGAUUUUGGCGAGCUUGACUCUGAGCUGGACUCUGAGCUGGACUCCUGGUUAGAGCUGAACCCCCCCGCAGGAGACGGGGGCAUCCCAGAUUGUGUUGUGGAGUCGGUGAUGAACGAAGAGACCUGCGGCGAUUCGGUGCAAGCGGCCUUCUCUGAGUCCAUUGGACAGAGAGUUCGGAGAGAAAGGCCAAGCAGGAGGUCUGGCUUUGAGCAGGCAGAGCCAGCAGAUGUGGUGAAAGACGCCAACCAGCCAGAAGAAGAAAAGCCGGAGGACGGUGAGAUGGCGAGGUGUGAGGAGGAGGGGGAGGAAGCGCCCAAGACAUUAAACUUUGUGGGAGAUUGGCCGUCUGAAGGCUCCCUGAAGCAGCGACCGGCAAGGAAAAGAGAAAGGCACAGAGUCAAGAGUGGAAAGGGACCUCGGGCAGGAGCUAGUAACAAUGAAAAAACAACCAGUACGAAGACAGGCCCUGACAUAACAGCUUUUCAGAAGCUUCUGGAUCUCAUUCAAACCGGUGUCGCUCCAAGUCAAACCAGCUCCUCCAGCUCCCGCUCCGCUUCUACCAGCUCGGGGGAGGAACGCCAGAGGGAGAGCGGCGGCGAGGGUGCGUUUGAGGAUCCGAGCAGUGAGGACAGACAGCAGGACGGAGUCGGCGCCGGCAGAGGUGAACUGCCCGACUGCGUGCUGGACUGGAUGGCAGCCGACUCCUCAACCACCGGAAAACAUCGAGGACCAGAGGAAGUUAAGGUUGUCACGGAAAGGGACAGCGCUGGGACGGAAAGCAGGACAGAAACUCUGUCUGAAGUGUCGAAAUCAACCAGCACGCGCCCCAAAGUGGACGAAACCCUCUGCAACAAAGACGCAGAUGCGGACCCGGGUGAACACCUCGGAGAGGCUGAUGCCGAGGCCGAUGGACGCCGUACCAACGAGAUAUCUCAGAGUCCGGCGUGUGGGGCGUCCGAGGAGACGGACAGCAGCGGAGGCAGUCAGGAAAGAAAGCAGCCGCAAGGUCGGAGAGCCGGCAAGCCCAUCAAGCUGGCCCUGACCUUCACUCAGAACCGCCCUGCUGCUUCACCCGACGAGCCGGACGCUCCCGACCCCGCGGCCGGAAACCCCGACAACCCCGACAGCAGCGCAAACCCGGACGCCCCAUCUGCUCUGCGCCCUGAAUGCCGCGACUCCGCUUUCCAUCCCGAUCCAGGUCCGAACCCCUCUGCUCAGCCCCCACCCCCCAACCCUCCCGCUUCUCCACCUCCUCCUCCCCAUCUGGCCGGAACGGGCCGCUCCUCUCAGACAGAACCCACAGACUUCGCACUUCUCUGGCGUCUCGCUCACCACGACGGCUCGGAGGAAACGGCCGGCGCCUUCGCGGUCGUGUGCGGCGACUCCUCCCGCUUCGUGCCGGGGCGCUCCCCCGCGGUCAGCGCGGGAGCCGGCGUUCACCCGCCGGGCCACGCGGACGUUCCCUACCGCGUGGUGCACGAGAAGGGCACACAGGUGGAGGAGAAGGACGUCGGGGUAACCCGAGGCCGUCUGGAGAACCUGCGCAUCCUCAGCAGCCAUUUUAAAAUGGUCGGCUUCGACACACUGGAGGAUCUGUACGACAAGUGCCACCAGGACCUGGAGUGGACCACCAACCUGCUGCUGGACUCGGGAGAGAGGUUCUUUAGGGACGAAGAGGCUGAAGAGCAGGAGCAUGAACACAUCAAAACGUCCGGUGUGGGUGGAGCUUCACAUGAGGCUGCGGAAAGCAGGAGAUGUCCCGACGUGGUAGGUGAGCCUCAACAAGAGGGACAGACUAAAGGAGAGCAAGCGGAGUCGGCUUCUGGGACUUCCUUCAACGCAGAGGCGCAGAGUUUGGGAGGUGCAUCAAACCAGGACCAAUCAGAUGCAACAUCAGACUCGGAAAGAGCUUCUCGAACAGAACUGUGUCAGCCGAGAGUCGCAAAAGAGCCAGGGCAAGGGGACGACCGGGAUCAGAUAAACAUACCAGAGCCCGGCCCAGCCAGACGAGCCUGCAGAGCGACCCUGGAUGAGGAAGUGAUAAUUGAGGAGUUCAGGGUUGAGACCGAGGACGAGGUGGCCAACAUGGAGGAGAUCAAUCGGCUGCUGCAGGCCGAGCUGGCCGAGAUCGAGAGAGAGGACAAACAGAGGAAGGAGGAGAGACAGAGGAAAGAGGAGAAACGGAGCCGACAUCUGGAUAUUCAGACCGUGGAGCUGAAACUGCCCACCGAGUUGGCGCUGCAGUUAACUGAGCUGUUUGGUCCUGUUGGACUCGACCAAGAUUCAGGAACAUGCCAUGAAGAGGACUUUUCCGUGCUGAUGGACCUGAAUCUGGCUAAAAUGCUUCACCAGAAGUGGAAGGAAAACAUCCAGGAAAGGCAACGACAAGCGGCGCUUUCUUUUCACUUGCUUCAGGAAAGUUCAUCACAGAGGGUGAAUUCACAGGGGGGCAAUUAUAGGCCACAAGACAGGACACUAUCACCACAAAAGGGGCAACAUGGGGCCUCUGGUCCCAUUCCAUACAUGGACCACUGGAGUGUGUCCCAUCCACCCAUCUCCCUCAGAGAUAUUAUAAAAGAGGAGCAGGCUUUGCAACAGACUUUGCAAAAGACCAGAAAAAGCCGUGCGGACCUGGACCAGCGGGAUGGAGCAACUUUAUUAAAAGAGCAGCAGCUGUUCUCCCUGUUCCCCACCAUCGACAGGAUUUUUCUCCAGGACAUCUUCAGAGACCACAACUAUAAACUGACGGAGACAGAGCAGUUUCUUCGCUCUUUACUGAACGAGGGACCCGCCAAGACGGUUAUUGCUCCAGAAAUUCCUCUCUCUGACCAUCACAGAACCGCCAGCAGGGAAAGAGAAAAGAGGCAAAAGCCCCUGGAAUCAGCUGCACUGAACUAUCAGGAUACCGAAGACCCAGAGUACGAGGACUUUAGAGCUGAGGCCAGCCUUCAGAGGACGAGACAACUCGAGAGCUUUGCCAAAGCCGCUGAAGCCUACAAGCAGGGCCGCAAAGAAGUGGCCUCGUUUUAUGCACAACAGGGCCACAUGCACGGCCAGCGGAUGCGUGAAGCCAACCAGCGUGCAGCCGCUCAGAUCUUUAACCGGGUCAACUCAUCGCUGCUGCCCAGAAACAUUCUGGACCUCCAUGGGCUUCAUGUGAAUGAGGCCCUGGAACAUCUGGGUCAGGUCUUAGAGAAAAAAACUGCAGAUUGUGAGCAGGGUCUCUGUCAACCUCAGCUCUCUGUAAUCACAGGAAGAGGGAACCACAGCCAAGGGGGAGUGGCCCGCAUCCGCCCCGCUGUUAUAGACUACCUCACCAACAAACAUUACAGGUUCACUGAAAAGCCAGGUCUCAUCUCUGUCUCUUUGAGGUGAACGGUUCCAGAUCAGCAGUUCAGCUCUCGUCUUCUCUCAUUCCUCACUUCUUUAGCACAAGUUGAACACGAUACACCACGUGCAUAACAUGAGUCUCUUGGCCUCAAUCAGUUACAGAGCCGCCAGAGAGAGAACUGCUGCUUGCACUGACACUAGUUUCAUUUUAUGUCUACUCUGCUUUCUCUUCAUGUGGAAAAAGGACUGCAUUGGUAAGAAAUGAGGUAUUUUAUGCAUCUGUAUAGAUUACAUGUGUUUAUUUUAAUGUCAAAUCUGUGUAUAUUUUACUCCAUAUGUGUAUAUUUACCUCCAUAUGUUUUAAAAUGAACAAGUCCUGUGUGUGUUACAGGCUCCAUGAUGAAAACAUUAAUAUGUAAACAUAAUCUUGAACUGUUAGUGCUAAUAUUUUAUUUGAAUCCCAGUCACAUGGGGUCUACUUGCAUCUUACUCCACAACCAGUUUUAAAGUAAUUAGUUAUUUGAGACGGUUAUCAUGACAUUUUAUGCUUUUCUGCAUCAUAAAGCUGAAAUGCUUUAAAGGAGGAGAGAACUUUAGCUCUUGUUUUAAAGUCUUAGUUUCACCACGAGGUACGCAUGAAACGUCAUGGACGAUCAAAGACGAUGUCGAUGUGGUCGAACCGCCUCAUCAAGCAGGUUUAGCAGCACCUACUGUGACUUCUUUGGUCUCCUUUGUGUGGAGGCACGUUGCCUUUUUAACGGUACACUUUGAUAAUAGUACAAACAAAUAUUAGCUGCUAAUAAACUGUUAUUUAAACUCAGGUGACUGCAAUGGUUAAGGGUUCUUCUCUUUUGAGGCCAGUUGAUUGUUUUCAGCUCAUGUAUGGUAGCUAUGUAAAACACGGUGCGCCAAGUGUUGUAACAUUUGUCUUCCAAGUGUGGCUACAUCAGUUUUUUAAUGCUUAAAACUGCUAAGGUUUUUCUACCUGUUUGAAAAAGAUAAGUUUUACCCUUUGUAAGUGCAGCUGUAAACACAUGAAAUUAUCCAUAUUGUUCAUAAAGUUUUACUGAAGAUGUUAUAUUGUGAAAUAAAACCAUAUUUGUAUAG